AUGGCUGCUAACCAAGCGGACUCCGUGGAGAAGAAACACGAGACUACCGUGCAGGAAGCAGAAACUGAUGUCAAUAUCCACCACGACAAGGGAGCAGAGGUUCUCGACACCUACGACGGCGACAGAGAAUGGACAAAAGAAGAGGAGAACAGGCUGCGACGGAAAAUCGACUACAAGCUCAUGCCCAUUCUGUGCUUCACUUACGGCCUCCAGUACUAUGACAAAGCCAUGCUGGGACAAGCCGCACUCUUCGGACUCAUCACAGACUUGGACCUAGGAGUAGGCUCGCGCUUCUCCUGGUCCAGCUCCAUAUUCUACUUCGGCUUCCUCGUCGGCUCCUAUCCCGCCAUGGUCCUGGCGCAGCGGUUCCCCAUCGAGAAAGUCGCCUCGGCCCUGGUGACCGUGUGGGGCAUGUGCCUGAUCCUAACGGCCGUCUGCACGACAUGGCAAGGCCUCCUCGCCGAGCGCUUCUUCCUGGGCUUCCUGGAGGCCGGCGUCAGCCCGAUGUUCAUGCUCAUCGUCGGGAGCUUCUACACCAAGAGCGAGCAGGCCCUGCGGAUGGGGAUAUGGUACUCGUGCACGGGAUUCGCGGGAAUCUUCUCGCCCCUGAUCAAUUACGGCUUCGGCCUGGUCGGGGGCGGCGCGUCGAGCUGGGUGUACAUGUACUAUUACGCGGGCGCGGUCACUAUCGUGUGGGGGAUCCUGAUGCUCUUCUUCCUCCCUCCUGAUCCGAUUCGCGCCAAGGGGUUUGGCCAGCGCGAAAAGUACAUACUCGUUGCGCGGCUGCGCAGCAACAACUCUGGCGUCAGGAACACACACUUCAAGAUGGAGCAGGUUAAGGAGCUCCUCCUGGACGUCAAGUUCUGGCUUGCUUUUUUCAUGGCUUUACUCUGUAUGAUCGCCAACGCCCCGCUCUCGACAUUCAGCACUAUUAUCGUCUCCCAGAACCUGGGUUUCUCGGGCGUCAACGCCCUGUUGUUGACGAUGCCCGUGGGCGCCUACGGUGGAUUCAUCGUGGUGCUAUGUUCCUGGUGCGCGAUGAGGUACGAGAACGUCAGGUCAUACAUCUUCGUCGGUGCCCAGGCGAUAGCAGUGCUUGCCGCGUUGCUUCUGUGGCUGCUCCCCAGCUCCGCCGUGGGCGGCUUGCUUUUCGGGCUCUACAUUCUCCCCAGCGUCGGCGGUGGGUAUGCUGUCCUGCUGGGCCUCCACCUUGCAAACACUUCCGGUUACACCAAGCGCUCACUGGCCUCCUCUGGGAUUUUCAUUGGAUAUUGUGUCGGCAAUAUCAUCGGCCCGCAGGUCUUCAGAUCCCAAGAUUCACCUGGCUACGCUCCCGGUUUCAUUGUGGUAGUUAUCACAUCGAUCGUGGCCGGUCUCCUUGGUCUCCUCUACCGCUUCGUAUGUAUAAUGGAGAACAAGAAACGCGACGAGAUGGGUGUGAUGGAAGGGUUUGAUGAAGCGUUCAACGAUGACUCGACUGACAAAAAGGCUAUCCUUUCCAGCAUAAAGUCUGGAGUUGGGGCUUCCUCGCGCCCCAUGACCGAGUUCUACGAGGGAAUACUCGAUGACUACCUCAUCAUACUGGCAACGGGGUUCCUCAUUGGCUUCUUUGCCAUCUGUGUCAGACGCAAGUCAUUCCAAAACCCAUGUUACCGACUUAGGGGUCAAGCUCACGCUUUGACAGUCACGGCUUACGGCGCCGGGACUCACGUAUGGGACGUCUACAUCACGGACUAUACACCCGGCAUCCUGCAGCUCAUCUUCUUCUCGGAAGUGCUAGGCUGUUUGAUGGUCUCGUUCAACAAGCUUUCUCUCCUCAGCCUGUACAUCACCAUCACGCCGAACAAGAAGUUUCGAGCCGUGGUGUAUUCGUUGAUGGGUUUCGUCAUCGGCUUCACACUGGCCUACAUCCUCGUUCAGAUCUUGGAUUGCAAUCCAGUGGAAGGGCAGUGGGACCUGAGACUGUUCCAGACUACCCACUGCAUCGACUCGACCGUGUCGCCUAUGCAGAUACUCAGCAUCAUCAACAUCUUGGUCGACCUGGCUGUUGUGGUCCUGCCGAUACCAGUGAUCCUACCGCUUCCACUAGCACGGAAAGACAAGGUCUCAUGUCUCCUUUUGUUUGCAGCCGGUGGCGGACUCGUAUGCAUUGCCGCGAUCGGUAGGACCGUGGCGCUUACUCCUUUGUUACAUCCACGAUCUUCCGGCCUGGUCGACGUCACAUGGCUGAUCGUACCGGAGCUGAAUUGGGCCUUUGCUGAGGGCAGCAUCGGGAUCAUCGCGGCGUCUCUUCCCUCCAUCAGGCCGCUUUUCAAACGCCUGCUGUCCAGGAUACCCGGCACGGGCGCCAGCGAAAACGAUCGUUCGGGUGUGACGCUGGAGGAGAUUUCAGGUGGAAGCAGAGGUAGCAAGGCUCACAAGCGUUACCAUUGGCAACACGGCGGGGGUGGGACCUUGGAAAGCAGCCCAGGAGAUGAAGAGCUGGGACUGUGCCCCGGCCCAGGCCGUAGCACACAGGGAAGCGACAGGAUUUCCGCCGUCUCGGAGACGCCCGUCUCCGAUGCCCCUCCAGAUUCCAACAAUUCUGGAGCUCGGAGCGGACAUGGGGAGGUCAAGGGGACGCCCGGCGGCCGCGUGGAAGUGAUUACCGGCGACUUUGCAGUGACACAUUGA